AGCAUAUAUGUCAGCUCAUCAAGAGGCUGGAAUACACCAUAUCUUGUCGUCUAGUUCCUUUUUUCAUCCUUUUCUAUCCCGUGAAGCAUCAUGCCUGUGGUAUUUCAAAAAUAUGUCCAUCCUCCCCAGGAGAGACACGAAGAAACCCCAUCGCGUCCUGUAUCAAUCGUCCCGUAUCCGCGCAAUCCAGACUUUGUGGGUCGGGACACGCUACUCAACCAGCUUCAUAGGAGAGAAAAACGCAGCUGGCCGCCGAAUACACCUACAGCAUACGAGACCGAUCGCCCGAGACGUCGGUAUUCUGGGUCCCUGCAAGAGAUGCUGGCAGGUUCGAGCGGGGUUGCCGGGAUAUUGCAAAUAGGCUUAAGAUCCCCGGCAGGCAGAACCCGAAAGCAGAUAUCUGCGAACUCCUUCAUGCCUGGCUUCAAGAUGAGAGAAAUGGAAAGUGGGUCCUAGUUCUCGACAAUUUGGACGAUGGCGAAUUCCUCCGUAACAUCCGACCAGCAGAUGUUGAUGACCUCGGCGUUAACUCUAGCGGCCU